GUUACGUUUGGACCAGCGACAGUGUCACAUCACUAUUGUUCUUUUUUCAAAUUUAUGUUUUUUUUUUUACUUUUUAAAUCCAAAUGUGGCGUGCAUUUUGAGACAUACAGCUUGUGAUGGUAACUGUGAAGUGUUGUGUGAAGUUUUAUUAAAAUAGGAUAAAAGUGCUUUUUAUUAGUUUAUUACUUUAUGAAGUGUUUAGGAGUUUUAAAAUGAUGUUAACGGUAGCACGACAGAUCUUACACCAACACUAAUAGGCAUAUACGACUCCUUGCUAGAGCCCAAAAGCCUAAGACCAGAAGCCAGCGCUCUAGAGAAGGCUAAAGACGCAAGAAAUGACCCACCAGUAGACCUCAUGAUCGAAGAACCGCCUAAAGAUCCCGCUAAGAUGGUAGGCAGUGUCAAACUACCCAUAGCAGCAGUCAACAAAAGUUCUCUAUACAAACGGUGCAAUGGUGACAGUGAUACCAGUGAAAAAGUGCAAAGGACGUUUAAAGAUAAAGUAUCAGAGACAUCGACAUUUGAUUAUUUAUCGCCGAACGUGAAAAGGAUGAUCUCAAGUGCAUCAGAGACUACUACGGUAAAGUUUCAAAGGAAAGGGAAUAACGCUAGAAGUUCUACUAGACAACGAUCGAAUAUACCUCUGUUUGGAGCGACUUCCAAACUAACCCAAUCUGGUGUUGAUAUCUUAGAUUCUGUAGAAAUUUACGACCAACCGUGUGGUAUGAAGAGUUUUGGAAAGAAAAUUGAAGAAGAAUCUCCAUCGAAAUUACCUUUAAAGCCUGAUUUUAGAAUAGAUGAACAAACAACAUACGAUGUCCCAACGAAUAAUAGACCGGCGAUUUACGAUGUGCCUGUAGCAAAUAAGACAGCAUUCGAAUCUCUAUCAUUACCGUACAUCGACCAAUCUAUUGAGCUCUCUAUAUCCUCAAACGAUAGAGAAUUCGAUAUAAAACUGUCGUCAAAAGACAACUCUCCUCAAAAACCAGUAAAGACCGAAGUGCCUUCAGAUACAUUCCCAAAUGGAACCAAUAGUUUAAAUAGAAAAGACUUUGUUAGUAAGAGUGAGAGUCCGUCAAAACUAGCUAAAAGUGGUCCUUAUCCUGAAGUAGUAGGGUCAACGGGUAAUUUGAAAACGUUACCAGCGAAAGAUACAUUGCAUCCCCCGCCUAUAGAAGUGACUAGACCGCUCUCUAUGAGUUCCAUUGCGUCUUCUAGUUCGACCUCAAGUAGUGGUGUCCAGAAUAAAGGAGGAGUGAACUCUGCGUAUUUGGCUUCUAUCGAGAGUUUGGAUGAUCAUAGUGAUGCUGAUAUGGCUUCGGCGAACGGUAGCAAUAAUUUUGUGAAUAGUGCGGGUAUUUUGAACAAUAGUGCGACAGAGGAGAGACACACGGAGAUACCACGGCAAUCCUGGAACGAAGUGUCAGGGCUCUCGCAACUGGAACGCGUGUGCGCGGAGAUCGUGCAGACGGAGAACGUCUACGUUGAGGAUCUUCGGCAAGUGGUUGAGGGUUACCUGCAUGAGUGGCGUCGCUUCACGACGUUUUCCGAAGACGAGCUGACAGAGCUUUUCAACAAUAUAGAGGACAUCUACAAUUUCAACCGAUCCCUCUGUGAAGAGCUGAACACCUGCCGCCUUGACGCCACCUGCAUCGCUCGCUGCUUCGUCAACAACACCUCCGGCUUCUCCGUGUACACAUCUUAUUGCACCGGCUACCCCCGCACCAUGGCGCGGCUGGCGGAGCUGGCCGGCCGCAGCCAGAGCGCGCGCGAGUUUAGAGAGCGGCAGCUGGCUUUAGGACACCCGUUGCCGCUGGCAAGCUACUUGCUGAAGCCGGUGCAGAGGAUACUCAAGUACCACCUGUUGCUGCAGAACGUGGUGAAGCAGAGUGCGACUAGGGAGACAGAGUUCGCGUUGAUGCAGAUGACGGGCAUCGCGCAGCACAUCGACGACAUGAAGAGGAGACACGAACACGCAGUCAGAGUACAGGAGAUCCAAUCGCUCCUGUACGGCUGGACUGGACCGGAUCUGACCACGUACGGGGAGCUGUGUGCCGAAGGGACAUUCAGAGUAUUCGGCGCGAAGGCGAUGCGGCAUGCCUUCCUCUUCGACAAAAUGCUGCUCGUGACGAAAAACCGCGAGGACGGAAUCCUCGCGUACAAGUCUCAUAUCAUGUGUAACAACAUGAUGCUGGUGGAAUCUAUCGCGGGCGCACCUCUCUCCUUCCACGUUAUACCGUGGGACGCGCCGCGCGCGCAGCUAACGUUGCAAGCUAGAUCACCGAGGCACAAGCGGGAAUGGACUUUAUUGCUUAAGCGGGUAAUAUUGGAGAACUACAAUGCAGUGAUCCCGUCUCACGCGAGACAACUUGUGAUGGAGCUUGGACAGAACAAAACUGACGAUGACAUGCUGGCAGAAAAGUCUCACAACCUAAUAACGCAAGCUUCUAUGAGGAAACAACUCUCAGCACCAGAAUACCUAGAGAAACGGAAGCUAGAGCGAGAGAGAAGAAAAUCCUUCGAGAACGGAGCGAGAGGCAGAAUGAAGAAGAACAUGAAAUACAGCGUACCUAACAGAAGUACCAGUCAAGACUGUGACUGUGCCCAGGUAUCUUUAGAGAAAGGGACAGACUAUACAUGUGAUACUUGUUACAUAGAUCUCUGCUCUGAUUGCGAAGCAGAAAUGACCAAAAAAGACAAAGAUUGCAGCUGUAACCAUGAUGAUGGUAAAGAAAAAUGCCCCGAAUGUGAUAGAGCAUUACAAUACAUUGAUUCAGGUAGCGCUGAACAUUUAGAAAGAAAACAAUCUGUCUGUAAAUGCUCUGAUUUUAAAUCUUCUCAAGAAAGUUUCGCUAAAGAAUAUAAUGGCUCUUUGAAUAAAAUCAGAGGAUACCAUUCUUCUGAUAAUAUUGUAGGUUACACUGACGCUAAAAGUAAAGAUGAUCUGAGUGACACCAACAAUUCUUUAGUUAAUGUUAGGAAUAUACCUAAAUCUUGUCUAAAAUGCGCGAAGAUUAAAGAAAAUAUUGUAAGUGAUUCAACUAGCACUAUACAUUCAAGGAAAUCUAGGUGUAACGACAAUGACAAACACAAGAUAGACACGUUAAGAUCCAAGUCCAAAGAAGAUCCCCAACGAUCUAAAUUGUCUAAAAUAGGAACUUGGAGACGAAAGUCUGAACCGGGUCUACAACAGAACACAGCUAUCAUGGUCAAGAAAAGCUUAGAUAGUGAUACUGACAGGAACGAAGCGAAAGGUACAGAAAAAAUAGAGUUUGAAUGUCGUAACUGUGGUUCUAAUAAAAUCACAAGGAAGGUAAAGAAUAGUGAAGGAGUCAUAAUAUCAGACCCUGAAGUUGAUGGUAGAAAGGGCAGUAACACCAGUUUGAAACCAACGAUUGAAAUAAAGAUGUAUAACACAAAGAAAGUACCAAAGAAAAUAUCAAAAUUAAAGAAAAACAGAGCAAACGGAUUACGACUAGGGCCUGAUACCACAGCUAAGUUCUAUGCUGAUUUCUCAACGGAUGUGUCCACUGAAAACAUUUUACACAUUUCUGAAUCUACUGACAGUCUGAAUGUUGACAAAUCUAAAGACAGUACACCUAGUUCAGUUGUACCAGAAACUAUUAGCAAAGACGAAGACAUUGACGAAGAAACUUAUAAGAAGUUAAUAGAAAAGACAGAUUCUUUUAAAAAGAACGAACUGGAGAAAGUUAAGUACUUAAACAAACAGAAAGUAAUAAAUGAAGGGUCUGAAACUGAAGAAAAGGUUGAAACAAGAGAAGAUGUUCCGAGUGGUGAAGAUGGGGAGCAACCUUUGGAGCAAAUAAUAUCGCAACUAUUGAUGCAGAAUCGAGAGUUCCAGAAGUUGUUAAAGAAACAACAACUACGAAAUACCGCCCAAAGAAGACACCAGAGACUCCUGAAGUCGCAUUCAAAUCCUGAACAACCAGUAAAUAAACCUAAAUAUUCCAGGCAAGCUUCGGAAAAUUUACUAGUAAAUAAGGAUGAGCCUGAUGAUGUACAAGUACUAAGUCCCCCGAAUGAAGUAAAUGAUGCAUCGGACGAUGAUCAUAUUUACGAGACGUUAAGAGUAGAAAACAGACUUACUGAUGGUUUACAUACAUUAAACUCUAAAAGCAAAUCAAUCCAGCAUACGUCUCACGUUCCUAGACCUAAAAGAAUACCUUCACCGCCAAACCCUCUACCACCUAAAGCAAAACAUGUAGAAUCAGAUUAUGUUUACCUAUCUUUUGACAAACUGAAUAAACUACAAGAUAGUGAAGGCAUCUAUGAUGUACCUGUCAAAUCUCCCGAAAAGGUCAAAACUCAUACAGAAGAAUGUUAUGAGACAAUGGAGCAUGGUGGUCCUGCUAUCGACAAUAGCACUGAAAAUCUUUAUGAUAGCCUAAUGGAAAUAUGUAGAAGAAAGAAAGAGACGCCAAACACACUACCCGGGGAAUACUUGCCAAUGAGUCCCGACCAAAGUCCUAAUACACCUGAGAUCUGGCUUAGUAGACAAAAAGAACAUUUCAACGUAUCAAGAGACAGAAAAUCUGGUUCUUUACCAAGAAGCUUCCAAGUAAUAGCAAAUAACCAAGAAGAAAAUAACCUAAGCUCAUUCAAAUGUAAACCUAACAGUAACAGUAAGACUUAUUUAAACAGAGAUGGAAAGGUUUUGAGUACAGAUAGGCCGUUCACAAUCGCAUCAGACAAAAGUGAAAUUAGUUACGAUGAUGUAGAAAACUACAUGAGUGAAGGAGACAUACUUAAAUUCAACAAAACUACCAACUCCAAUGACAGCGAUUACGUACAAAACAUCAGUCAAUCUACAUUAGAAUUAGAACAAGAAAUAGACAAGUGCUACAAAAAUAAUUUUGAAAAGAAUCUCGACGCUAAUAAAAAUGAAAACUUGCUUACUGUUUCUCAACCAAACUUGAAUGCUUCUACUACGUCAUCGUGCGAAGUAUUACCGUUAGAAAGCAGCGAUGACAAGAAAGAUAUUAACGUAAUUCAUCCAGAACAUAAGAUUUACAAACCAACUAGCAAUAUGCUGUCUCUUAAAAAUGUUUUAAGUCGAUUUAAAAAUAGAUCACCUCCGAAAAAUACUGAAUAUACUGAGAUAAACGCUAACGACCAAAGUAGUCCUGAAAUAAAAUCGGAAACAAAGAGUCCUACAAGUGAAAAGCGACCAGGCUUAAAUCCAAGAAGCUACUCCAAAAACCUUUUACAAAGGUUUAGAAGUAUUAUAGGAGAUGAACACGCUGAUGACAAUCAGAAUAGAAAUGAAACUAAGAAAAACACUGGUGAUAUAAAUAAUUCAGUGAAAACUGAUAUCAAAGUAGUUAUCACAUCAACAGAUGCAAGUCCUACGACAUCUACCAUAGUGUAUUCCGCCAACAAUGACCCUAUGAGUAAAAGUGUCUAUGAACAAACUACUUUGACAGAAAGUCAAAAUGAAAAGAAUAAUUUAGAGACUUUAUCACACAGUUGUGAUAAUAUUCCCCAAAAGCCUGAAGUACACAGACCAAAUUACGAAAAGAGCGUAAGCAUGGUGACUAACAUAUCAAAUGCGUCUUCUCCGUCCAAAUCUAGUAGUAACUCCUAUCAGAGUAUAAAUAAACUACCAAUUUAUAUGCAAGGUAGUAAACAUUUAGGGGCCAGGAUAGCCCAACGCGAGUAUGUAGAUCCCGUUACGUUAAUGAAAGAGAAAUCUGCCUUAAAAAAUGUAAAUGUACUUAUUAAUAAAAAUGCCGUGAGACCUGAUAGUUUAUUUUCAAAUUCAUCAUUCGUAACUACUUCUAGCGAAAGCGCAGAUCACGAAAUAAAGCAAGAAAUUAAAAAGGAUAACAACAAGGAUUCGAAAAAUGCUAAUGCAGACGAGAGUUUCUACGAAAAGUCAUUUGAGAAAAUAGAGCAUGUGAUCGAUGAAGACGUGUACAGAGAUUCAGCUGUCUAUUCCGAUCAAGAAGAAAUCGAAGAAUCUAAAACUGAAUCGUCUGAAGUAAAAUCGGUUAGCAAAACUGUUUCAAGAAUUGAAAGUAUCAAACACAGUUCGUCAUUUAGAGCACAAAGGGUAACCGUAACAUCUAGUGUUUGUAAUACUAAAGCUACAGUAGCAAAGAAAAUCCCUGAAAUUAAUGUUAAACCUAAAACUGAUCAGAAACCUUUAGAUAAAGAUAAGCCGAAAGCACCUCCUGUUCCAAUCAAACCAAAAAUUACGAGUAUCCCUACACCCAUGGCUAAAGCUGUAACAAUAAAUAAAAAUAAUCUAGUAAAAACUCAAGAGCAGUCAUCAUCAGAGUCAGUUAACAUGAAAAUUAUUCGAAGAAAUACUAGUUAUAUUCACAAAACGAAAUCUGAAAAUGUAGAAACAACCGAAGACAAAGUCGAAGUGAAAGUUAAUGAAAAUUCUAAAGAGAUAGAUGGUUCUGGGAUACCUAAGCCAUCAGGUAACAUACAAAUCAAGAGACUAAGUUUUGAAAGAGCCAGUCUCGACUCGGCAACAAGAAAAAUAAAAACAAAUGAAGCUAAAAGAACGUCAGUGGAACCACAGAAAACGUCAAAGAGCGUUCUUGAGAGGCGAAUGGAGAUUGAAAUGAUGUCGAAAAGCUUGGCCAAGCCAAGUCAGAUAGCGCAGAAGCCAGGGACAAAACCGAAACCGAUUUCGACUAAAGUUGCGAGUUUCGAACGAAGUGUAAGCGAAGUUAGAGGCUCUAAAGUUAGUUUUGAAAGAAGUGUCAGUGAGGCUAAAAAAGAUGAAGUUGUUAAUGAGUCUACUGUUUCGAAUGAAGAAAGGGAAGAGAAUAAGGAAGGUAGUGAUGACCCGAAAAGUAGUUGGGUGAAGCAAGUUGUUAAUAAAUUCCAAUGAGCUUAAUUUUUUAACACUAUUAAUGUAUUAGAACUUGAAAAAUACUGAGUAGGUACAUUAGAUUUUUGGAAUGAGUGAUCAUAUUCUCAAAGAAGUAGUAAUUUUUGACGGUGUAUUUGAUUUAAAAAUUACUUUGAUAUACUAAUGUAAAACUGAUUUCAAAUUAUGUAAUAUCAUAAAUGCUUCAAAUGUGACAUUUUAAAAAGCUGCACAAGACGUAAAUAUUUGAAAAAUCCUGAUAAACUGACAGCAAUUUAAAUAUUAUGCUCUCCUUCUAAACGUAAAGAAUUGCAUUUAAAAUCCGUCUGAUUUUGUACACCACUUUUAAAUCCAAUAUACACGUAGACGUAAAUAUAAGCGUAAUUGUUGAUUGUAAAUAUUUUAACUGUCAAACCUCCCUGAGCUUUGAUAUCUUGUGCCAUAGACAAGAGAAGAUAAUUUAGUAUAUAUUUUAUCAUAUUACUCUAUGCACAAAUUAGGGACGCACAAAGAGGCAUGGUCGAAAACUGUGAUGAAAAAUUAAUAAUUUGAAUUUUCAUCUGACGUAUGUAUUCUUUGUGCAUUCCAUAUCUUAUGCUCACUAUGUAAAUAUAAUUGUUAAAAAUGCUUAUUUUGCUAUGUAUUUAUUCAAAAGUGCCAUUGCAAAAGAUAUCUCAUUAGGUGUAUUCACAAAAAUAAUAUUUUCCGUGCAAUUUGAUUAACGAUUUACUUAAAUGUAUUUAUUUUUUUAUAGAUUUAGUUUUUGUUGUAGUUACUAACACCAAAAAGUAGAUUUUGUUUAUAGUAUUAUUUUUACUAAUUUUAUACUAUAUGUUGCUGUUUAUUUUUUAACCUUUGACAUUAGUUUGUUAAUUUAAUUUUCGCGUAUUAGUACAUUGACAUUUUGUUUCAAUAGAAGUAUUUUUAAGACAUUUUCUACUUAAUUUGUCGAGACUGCUAGGAAGGUAAGACUAUAAAUUUAUCAAUUUAACAGGUUUUAACACUUAAAUAAUCAGACAUAUAUGAGCUUCUGAACGGAUGAAAGGUUUUCUUACAGAUUUGUUUUAAUUAAUUACACAAAAUUAUUGACAGUUUAUUUUAAAAUAAACUAGUAUUUUUAUUAUUCUAUAUUGUAAUUUUUUUAUCUUCUAUUAAAGCCAAGUUCAUAUAUUUCUGGUAAAAAUAGUUAAAAUGAACUAACACUACAAUUAAUUGCGUAUUCUAUAAAAUUAAAUAUCACGAAUAUUUUUAUAAAAUGUCAAGUUAUAUCCCAACGAUUUAGACCAAGAGCCAGUAACUCAAAUAAUCACAUUUUUGUAACAUUUUCUACUGACGUUAAGCCUUGCUGGCAAGAAAAGAAAAUGACAAGCAGCUACUGGUUUUAAUUAAAAGGUAUACCAUUGUGUAUUAUAAACGUCAAACAUGAAAUCAUAUCAUAAGGCGUACUCUGAAAUUAAUCUGAAACUAUAUCGUUCUUUUUCGAUUCCCUAGAUGUGGUGAAAAGGAUAGAACGAUAGGAUGAUGUUUGAUGCAAUUUUUAAUGGAAUUGAAUAAUACAUGGAUGGUACCUAUACUACUUACAUGUAAGGUAGCAACGAUUAGAUAAGUAUUACUAAUCUUUACAAUAUCAAGGUAGCCUUUGAUAACAAUAAACAUUUUUUCUUAA